AUGUUAAACAGAAAUCGCGAGGAAGGACACGAACAUCUAUAUCACGAUUACUUUAUGGAUAAUUGUGUAUACGGGGCGAAGGACUUCAAAAGAAGAUUUCGUUUGAGUAGGGAUGUGUUCUUACGAAUCGCCAACGCCUUGGAAAGCCGGUACGAAUUUUUUCAAUUAAGAUAUGAUGCUAGAGGUAGACGGGGGUUUACAACGUUGCAGAAAUGUGCUGCGGCCAUUCGUUUGAUGGCUAUGGGGGAGUCACCCGACACCAUGGACGACUAUAUGAGAAUGUCCGAAAGAACCGCAAGAGAGAGUUUGUAUACAUUGUCAAGGGGUGUUGUUGAAACUUUUGGAGAUGUGUAUUUGCGUAAACCUUUGUUGCAUGAUUUGCAAGAAUUGUAUGCGGCGCAUGAAGAACGUCAUGGGUUUCCCGGAAUGAUCGGAAGCAUUGAUUGCUCACACUGGAAAUGGAAAAAUUGUCCGGUAGCAUGGAAAGGGCAAUACGCAAGUGGUCAUCACGGAUCACCUUCAUUGGUGUUAGAGGCUGUCGCUUCUCAAUAUUUAUGGAUUUGGCAUGCAUUUUUUGGGGUUGCGGGUUCCAACAACGACGUCAAUGUUCUUGAUCAGUCGCCAAUAUUCGACGAUCUUUUGAACGGAAAAGCCCCGGAUGCUCCUUUCACGUAUUCCACAUUCGUGAAGGCAUUCCGCCACCCGAUUGAAGAACGAGACAAUUUUUUUAAGAGAAGACAAGAAGGAGCACGUAAGGAUGUGGAUCGUGCUUUUGGAGUGCUGAAGGCGAAGUGGCAUAUAGUUGAACAUGCAACACGACCAUUGGAUUUAGAAACUUUACGAUAUAUCUUGUAUGCAUGUAUCAUAAUGCAUAACAUGGUAGUAGAAGAUAAAGGGAGAAAUAUUGCACACUAUAUCCCAACAGAGCCCAGACACGUUCAGUUUCAACCAGGAACAACAGAUUAUUUGCAUCGCGUUGUUGACAUUCAGGACGCAAAUAAACACAGACAACUUCGAGAGGAUUUGGCGGAUUAUAUCUUCUAUGGUAACAAUAACGAUAACGAAUAG